UCAUCAUCAAUACAUCAAUUUGGGACGUUCUUCUCAGGAAGGUCCAAAAGUCAGUGCAUCGAAAACGGACGAUCCGAAGAAUACCCUUUUCACAUCUCUCUACAGUUAUCAUCUUCUCCUUCUUCUUUCAGUAAAUUAGUCAGUGUGAUCUUAUCUCAAUGAACAAUUAUUAGAUAAAACUCAGAUUCGCAGAAAAAUCUGGUAGGAGAGAUUAAAGAUUAAAACUUUUCAUCUCCACGUGAGUGAUUAUGGCGGUUGCUGAGAAUGUUGGGGCCAAAAUCGGUUCUUCCAGUCAGAAUUUGGACAACAGUGUAGUGUCAUCGGACUCGAGUGAGGUGGAGAAAUCGAAACCCAGAACUGGUGAUCAGAAUCUGAACAACAACAACAACAACAACAACGGUGUGUUCAAUCACCAACACCAUGAUAGAGUUCCGAGCACUUUGUCAGUUCCUAACAAUAAUUACAACUACAAGGCUCAAAUGGGUCAGAUGCACGCAAAUGGGGUCCAGAACCAGCAAUUGGUGGUGAACAAUGAUGAGUAUGGGAAUGAGGAGAACGGGAGCGAGUCUUUCAAGCGUGAUAUGAGGGAUUUGGAAGAACUUUUAUCAAAGUUGAAUCCCAUGGCUGAGGAAUUUGUGCCAACAGGACUAACAAAUCAUAAUGGCUACUUAGCUGGACCUGGUGCUGGGUUUGGUUACCCUAACAAUUUUAUACUCCUCAAUAAUUUUGGUAAUGCUAACGGCCAAACUAACAGAAGGAGGAAGAACGGCUAUAAUAAUGGGAAGCGAAGAGUGAAUCAUAAAAUAGAUAUGGAGAAAAGAGAAGAGAUGAUUAGGAGGACCGUCUAUGUGUCUGACAUUGAUCAACUGGUUACCGAAGAGCAGCUGGCAGCUCUCUUUCUUAACUGUGGCCAGGUUGUUGAUUGCCGUGUAUGUGGGGAUCCUAAUUCUAUUCUUCGGUUUGCCUUCGUUGAGUUUACAGAUGAAGAAGGUGCAAGGACUGCUUUGAACCUGUCUGGAACCAUGCUUGGAUAUUACCCAUUGAGAGUGCUACCUUCAAAAACUGCCAUCGCACCUGUUAAUCCGACAUUUUUGCCCAGGUCUGAAGAUGAAAGGGAGAUGUGCUCAAGAACAAUUUAUUGCACAAACAUCGACAAGAAGCUUACUCAAGCUGAUGUCAAACGUUUCUUUGAAUCUAUUUGUGGAGAGGUUCAACGGCUGAGGCUUCUUGGGGAUUACCAUCAUUCAACUCGAAUUGCUUUUGUUGAGUUCACAGUGGCUGAGAGUGCAAUUGCAGCCCUAAGCUGUAGUGGUGUGGUUUUGGGCUCACUGCCUAUAAGGGUUAGUCCAUCAAAGACACCAGUCCGGUCUCGUGCUCCUCGUACUUCUAUGCACUGAAUUGUCCUUCCAUGUUUCGGGGGUUGAUUUCCGCUAUGAGAUAUAUCUACAUAUAUACAUACAUAGAAACAGAUAUAUUUAAGGAUCCUGUGGCUUUAGUUGAUACUUUUGUCCUCGUGUCUUGCAGUAUGGUACCUUUGUUUCCCCUUGUGGUUAUGGGUUAUUUGUUUAUUUAGCUUGUAGAGUUGGAUGGUACUUCGAGGAUAUCUUCAUGGCUUAAUUUAUGAUGCACAAGUUGAUCUUGCAACGAGAGAGUUUUAUGGUUGGAUGUUUCUAACAUCCGGGAUUUAUUUAAAGAAACAUGUUACAAAGCUUUGGUUAGUCAUGAGCUGUUUGAUUGGCAGUCUUCAA